CGUGUACUAGGAAACGUAGUCGUUUGCUCAUGGUUCGGCCACAGUCGGCCAUAGUAGACAUGGCGGAUGUUAGCUUACGUGAAUGACGGACGAAGAAUCGUGGUGUUGAAGAAAAAAAAUUGUUAAAAAAACCUAAAGAACUCACCGAAUUAUCGUUACGUCUCUGCACAACCGAUUAAUCCAGAGGCAUCGAUACGUUCCUCGAGUUUACGUGGUAAUAAAUACCGUGAAAUAAUCAGACAAGGGGGAUAAAUACCCCAGUGAUUUGAAGUGUGUGUUGGUGGCCACGGGGUAGAGAACGAUAAAAAAAAAAAAUUGUGUCAUAUGAUUAAUCCGGUAGGUAAAAAUGCAGAAUGUAGCACAAGGAACAACCUCGGAUAGCCAGAAGCACGAUAAAAAUUGUGCUCAAGAAGUAACAUCUACACCACAGUCCUCGAACUCUAGCCCAACAAAGUCAGAGACCGAGACCUUCUCCGAACUACAGCCACGAUUUAUGACAGACUCAUCGGAAAGUGAGGAGGACAGUAUUUCCGAGCCGGAGUUUUUUCGUGCUGCCAUUGAACAAGCUGCACUCGAAGAGGAUCAUCAUCUUGAGUCGUCAAAAUUCUUGCUGGCCCCUGAAGAUCCGGAGAGAUCUGUCGAUCCGGAGACACAGGCGAGGCUUGAGGCACUUCUUGAAGCCGCUGGCAUUGGAAAAUUGUCGUCUGGAGAUGGAAAACAUCUCGCUGAUCACGAGGUACUCAGACGUUUAACGUCCAGUGUUUCUUGUGCACUUGAUGAGGCUGCUGCUGCAUUGACACGUAUGCGCAGUGAUAAUCCGAGGAGUCAGAACGAAAAGAGGUCGCUUGUUGAGGCCUGCACUGACGGGGACGUUGGUACUGUCAGGAAGUUGCUUACCGAAGGGAGGAGUGUUCACGAGACCACUGAGGAGGGAGAGAGCUUGCUGUCAUUGGCUUGCUCUGCUGGCUACUACGAACUUGCACAGGUCCUCCUCGCGAUGAAUGCCAACGUGGAAGAUCGUGGAAUAAAGGGUGACUGCACCCCCCUGAUGGAAGCAGCGAGUGCAGGUCAUGUCGACAUAGUUUCACUGUUAAUAGCCCACGGAGCAGACGUUAAUGCUCAAUCGACCUCAGGCAACACUCCCCUGAUGUACGGUUGUGCUGGUGGUCAUGAGGACGUUGUUAAGGUCCUCCUGGAAGCAGGCGCCAACGUGGAGGACCACAAUGAGAAUGGUCACACACCCCUCAUGGAGGCAGCCAGUGCAGGCCAUGUACCAGUGGCUAAAAUUCUUCUAGAGAACGGAGCAGGUAUAAACACCCACUCGAACGAAUUCAAAGAGUCUGCCCUGACUCUUGCUUGCUAUAAAGGACACUUGGACAUGGUAAGAUUUUUGCUGGAAGCUGGUGCUGAUCAGGAGCACAAAACUGACGAGAUGCACACAGCCCUGAUGGAAGCAUCAAUGGAUGGUCACGUUGAAGUUGCCAGACUACUUCUGGAUUCUGGUGCCCAGGUUAAUAUGCCCACCGACAGCUUCGAGUCACCACUGACUCUGGCAGCAUGCGGUGGGCAUGUAGAUCUUGCAAUGCUCCUGAUUGAACGAGGGGCAAACAUCGAGGAAGUCAAUGACGAGGGCUAUACACCCCUAAUGGAAGCAGCACGUGAGGGUCACGAGGAAAUGGUCGCUCUACUGUUGAGCCAGGGUGCUAAUAUCAAUGCUCAAACCGAGGAAACCCAGGAAACAGCACUCACUCUAGCUUGCUGUGGAGGCUUCCUCGAGGUUGCUGAUUUUCUCAUCAAGGCUGGCGCUGACAUUGAACUUGGUGCAUCAACACCACUUAUGGAGGCUGCACAGGAGGGACAUCUUGAUCUUGUCAGAUAUCUACUUGAAUCUGGUGCUGAUGUUCAUGCUCAGACACAGACUGGUGAUACAGCACUCACUUAUGCAUGUGAAAAUGGACACACUGAUGUCGCUGAUUUGCUGUUACAAUUUGGAGCUGAUCUGGAGCACGAGUCUGAGGGAGGUAGAACACCAUUGAUGAAAGCAUGUAGAGCUGGGCAUCUUUGCACGGUUCAAUUUUUAAUAUCUAAAUUAGCGAGUUUAAAUCGUAAUACAACGAACAAUGAUCAUACACCACUUUCACUGGCUUGCGCUGGGGGUCACGUGGCUGUUGUUGAAUUGUUGUUGGCGCAGUCUGCUGAUCCAUUCCACAAGCUCAAGGAUAAUUCUACAAUGCUGAUUGAGGCUGCUAAGGGUGGACAUACCAAUGUUGUUCAGCUGUUGCUGGAUUAUCCUCAUUCUAUCAUGAUGAAUGCACCUGGUGUUGCCGCUGGUAUGGGACAGGGUGUGACACAGGGACAGGGACAACCACAGACUAGCGGCCAGAAUAGCAAUCCUGUCCAGGGACAACAAUCCAGUGCCGAUAAUAAUCAAGCUAAAGGGAAUGGCAAGAGCCUUUUGAGGAAAAAUUAUCGCGCCGCUAAUAUGCCUGAUGUGGGAUUGACUUCUGCUGAAGCACAGCAAGUCAGGACACAACCUGCAGGGGAAACUGGCAUUGGUCCUGCUACUGUCGAUGAUACCAAUAUUCUGGAUAAAGGUAGUGGAGGAUUUCGGGGACUCACCGAGCCAAAUAUCACUUUGAGUCCUGGACAGGCUGCGGGAGCGUCAACCUCUGGGGAUGGUGGGAAGAGUGCUAGGCAUGAACAGAUUAUUCACAAGCAGCAGAUCCUCGAAGAACUCCAGAACUUCAAAAACAUGGCAUUUCAGAGGGUAGAGCGCCAGCUUCAACACAAGGCAGCUGGACAAAUGUUCCUAGAAGCCGAGGAACAGCAACGCCAACAAUCAGCUGGUGAUGGGACUGAUCCAACCGAUGCAAUACUGCCAGGAAUUAUGGGUAUCGACUUACCAACUCAACCAACCACUGCUGGGCUACUCUGUGGUGCUGCAGAAUUAUCAGGUGAUCAUCAAGAUCCAGAGGCACUGUCUUUGUGUCAAGCCAUUGACCGAGGUAUCAGUAUUGGCAAGAGUCUCAUGCUGAAGGAACAGCUAAGAUCAGCUGUGAGAUCUCUGCCACUGACUCUCACCGAUCCACAGCUGUCAAAUGUUCCAUCAACAUCAGCCUUGACGACACCAACAGCUUUAACAUCAUCAACACCAGCGCCAACAUUUGAUUUUCCAGCGACAACUGUACCACAGCUACCUGUUAACCAGCCACAUCAAACAAUAACAACAAUCAGCGAUGUCAGUCAGAAUACAGCAAUCAGCGAUCGUCCAAAGGCAAAACCAGUGUCCAAAAAGGACGGCAAGAUGACGCGUAAAGCAGCAAUUGCUUAUGGAAGAUUUCUCCAACGCGCUGCUACCCAGGAAGCUGCACAGCAGGAGAAACAGCAAACAGCAACUAUGUUUGGAUUGCAACAGCAGUAUGAGGACAAACAACGACAGCAUACCUUUCAAGUCAGACAAGUCUAUCAGUUACAGCAGUUGAAUCAACAGUUACAACUUCAACGCGAUCAGUUGCAGGUACAACAGCAAGAACAACAGCAACCCCAACAGCAGGGUGGAAUGGUGGGCACUGGAGAUGUUAUGAUGCCAAGCCAACUUGUUGCACAGACCCACCAAGAUAAUCAGCAAGAUCAGCAAACCAGCCAGCUUAAUAUACCGGAUAUGGAGAGUGAUUUAACGAGAUUACACAGAGACAGUGCUUGUCCAUUCUUUGCUGCUGCACAGAAAGCUAAGGCACUUGCUGCCGAUGACAAAGUACUCAAAUUAGAUGAUGAAAUGCAGAUACCUAUCGAGGAGGUUGCCGAAUUUAUCGACUCCAUUGCCUUCGUCGAUGUGCCUAACGCUGGAAAUGAGGAGCAGGAGAAGGCGGAAUUGAAGAAAAUGGAGGUGAGAGCGUUGGAUAGGGAUCAGAGGAGGGAAGAACUCGCUGAGGAAAUUUUCUCCGCUGAUCAGAAAAUCAUUCGAAAAAUGUUUGAACAGGAGGCAAGUGAGAAAGCCAAACGCGCGGCCGAGCGCCUAGAUCCAAUAACAAUGGAGGCAUUUCAGCGGGGUUACUCCUUUGCUCGUCGUCAACGAAAAUUGGACAGUGAAUUGUACGAGCCCCAGCCCCCAACGCGUCACGUCCAAGCUCCAAGUCUCGAUCGUUUAGCUCAACAGUCCAACGGUUUUGCCCAACCCUCCAGUUCUACAUCCAAUGCCACAACAACUACCAACGUGAACGCAGGCACCAAUACCCCUACUACCCAGGUACAAGUUGCCACUCAGACACAGGGAUUGGCGACACCAGUGGCGACGAAUCUUGAUAAGAAGCAGGUCUACACACCCAGUGUUGGUAGUAAGGGAAAGAAGGCGAGAUAUCCAGUGACAUCUCCCCAAACCUGUCCCCAACAGACCACUGCCCCCUCAACACCACCAGCAGCAGUUCAGAAUUACCAAUUGGAUCCCAAUACUGUCAACGCUGUUGUCCAAUACCCGAGUGGUUCAGCUUCAACAAGUCCAACGUACACACCAUCAAUACCAACCACCCCAGCUCCAAUGACUCAAUUUUCAGUGAUGGACGUUGAUUCCGAAACCGACAGCAAUCACGACACAGCUCUGACUCUGGCCUGCGCUGGAGGUCACGAGGAGCUAGUUGAAUUUUUACUGUCACGAGGCGCUGACAUUGAACAUCGAGACAAGAAAGGCUUCACACCACUGAUCCUGGCAGCAACAGCAGGACAUCAAAAAGUCGUUGAGAUACUACUCAAUCAUGGAGCUGAUAUUGAAGCACAAUCAGAACGUACCAAGGAUACACCACUCUCUCUGGCUUGCAGUGGAGGAAGGUUUGAGGUAGUGGAAUUAUUGCUGACAAGAGGAGCCAAUAAGGAGCACAGAAAUGUUUCUGAUUACACGCCAUUGUCACUGGCAGCUUCUGGGGGAUACGUUAAUAUAAUAAAAUUACUUCUCUCCCAUGGAGCUGAGAUUAAUUCAAGAACCGGAUCUAAACUUGGAAUCUCACCGUUGAUGCUGGCUGCUAUGAAUGGACAUACUGCAGCUGUCAAGUUACUUCUGGACAUGGGGAGUGACAUAAACGCUCAGAUUGAGACUAAUAGAAAUACAGCGCUGACCCUGGCUUGCUUCCAGGGUAGACACGAAGUUGUCAGUCUUCUUCUGGACAGAAAAGCUAACGUGGAGCAUCGUGCGAAGACUGGAUUGACACCUCUGAUGGAAGCUGCUAGUGGUGGAUACGUCGAAGUUGGAAGAGUUUUGCUCACCAAAGGGGCCGAUGUCAAUGCAACACCUGUGCCCUCAUCACGAGACACUGCACUCACUAUUGCUGCUGAUAAGGGACACUGCAGAUUUGUCGAGCUACUGCUGUCUCGUGGAACUCAAGUAGAAGUUAAAAAUAAAAAGGGAAAUAGCCCACUGUGGUUAGCUGCCAAUGGUGGACAUCUGAAUGUCGUUGAUUUGCUUUAUCACGCGGGAGCGGAUAUUGACUCCCAGGACAAUCGUAAAGUCUCGUGCCUCAUGGCUGCUUUCAGAAAGGGACACAUCAAGGUCGUCAAGUGGAUGGUUAACCACGUGACACAAUUCCCCAGUGAUCAGGAGAUGACGAGGUAUAUUGCAACAGUUAAUGAUAAAGAGCUGUUGGUCAAGUGUCAGGAGUGUGUGAAAGUUAUCAGAGCUGCUAAGGAAACUCAAGCAGCUAAAGCCAAUAAGAAUGCAUCGAGUUUACUUGAGGAACUUGACAUGGAGAAGACGAGGGAGGAGUCCAAGAAGGCUGCAGCUGCCAGGAGACGUGAACGAAAAAAGAAGAAGAAACUUGAGAAGAAGGAGGAGAAGAGAAAGCUGCACGAGGAGAACAAGAAGAACGAAACAAUCUACGAGGACAAGGAGGAUGUGAAAAAGUCUGAGGACGAAGAGGAGAGAGGGGACGAGAGUGAUAAUGAAGGGGGUGCUGAUAGUUGUGAACGAAUGGACAACGUGCCCUCACCAUCACCUGUCAACAGAAGCCCCGACGAUCCUGAUAAGGAGGAGGGAGAUAGCGGUAUUGAUGCUAAUAGCCAGGGGAGCUGCAGCAGCAAUGAUGUCAAAGCUAGGGAGAGGAAGAAAGAGAAAAAGAAGAAAAAGAAUUGCAGUCCGAGCAGCAACGAGAAGGAUACAUCACCCAUCCGGGGUGCGUCUAAUGUUUUCUCCUCGAGUUUGAAUCAGAAUCCCUUGGUGAAGAGUCAGGAAAAGAGAAUUACUGCCAGCAGUAGUGGAAUAGCAUCUUCAUCUGGAUUAAAUACCCGCUCAUCAGCUAGUUCAAGUUCUACAUCUGGGGUUAAUGUCAGCGAGAGGAAGAUCAAGGGACAGGUGUUCGAAUCUUCUAGACAUCCAGCUGAGAGAGAGGAUUUUGAAGCCACUGGAAAUGAAAAUUAUAUUCCUGGAAAGGGGAAAAAGAGCAAUGGCCAGUAUGAGGAGGUGUUCAAUGCAUCAAUUAAGAGCAAUAACUCAACCAGUCCAAAGGGCACCAAGAGGGAGGAAGGAUGGAAGGAGGUGGUCAGAAAAGGCCAGUCCGAUGACUCCAGUAGGUUCAUGAAUUCACCAUUCAGAUCGAAAAAGGUAUCUGUUCCACCGAAUGCCAUUAGCAGGGUUAUUGGUAGGGGUGGCAGUAAUAUCAAUGCUAUUCGUGGUGCCACUGGUGCUCAUAUUGAAGUAGAGAAGCAGAGCAAGUGCCAGGGAGAGAGAAUCAUCACUAUCAAAGGCUCCACUGAUGCCACUAAGCAGGCUCAUACACUCAUUGCUGCUCUUAUUAAAGAUCCCGAUGUCGAUAUACUGCAGAUGCUACCCAAGAGCAAGUUAACGGUCAUUACUUCGUCUACUUGGGAUAAGUCUAUGGUACCCGCUGCUACUGCUAUGAAACCGAAAAUGGGACUGGUUACUAAACCUCCUACACCUUUGCCAGGUACAACAGGUAUCCACCCAAGUAAAUCAUACACAGCGCCAGGUAUAUCAGUGCCUCAACUGGUACCUCUUCGUUCCACUUCUUCAAUAAAAUUAGCAGGUGCCUUUUCCACCCCCCUAUCACGCGCCACAGCACCACGAUUAAUUGCUGCAGCUGAAAAACGUCAGUCCCAGAUAGCAACAUCAACAAAUACCCGUACAACAAUGUCCUAUACAUCAGCAAUAAUGACAUCAGGACGUGCAACUAAAGUAGUAACAACGAGCACUGGUCAGACAUUCGCUGCUAAAUUAUCAGACAUCACUGCCUCACCAAUGACAACAGUAUUGUCAUCGAGCUACUCAACGGGCACGAAACAGAAGGUUAUUAAUACAGUAACUGUGAUGUCAUCCUCAUCAACAACACCAAUGACAUCGCCACAACAAAUGAUGACAUCGCCAAAGCACUGCCGUACACUGCCGAAUUUAUCAGCUCCAACUAUGCAGCAUUAUCCGACUAAUAUACCUAAAAAUUCUUACACAACAAAUCCAACUGUUGUUACAUUAUCAAGUGUAUCAAAUGGUCCAGAAUUAUCAGUGAAUUCAAUACGUGUAACACCUUCUCCACCAGCACCUCAGGCCCAACAAUCUGGAAAUUCUCAGAUUCACAAUCAGCCGAAUCAGAAUCAAUCGCAGAUUCAGGCACAGUCUCAGCCCCAGGGUCAGUGUCAUCAGCAGAUGAGAUCGACAACACCAGUGGCACAAAGCCACGACCAGCCUCAACCAACACAACAGGGGACAAUCCAGCCAAAUACACCUCUCGAGUAUUCUCUCUUCAAUGAUACAUUCUCCAAGGUCACCCAGCAAUCGAUGUGGGGUCGUGAGAAUGAGUCACACCAGAAGGGAAUGAAUUUUGCAACAGUAGCUGGAGGAGGAUCAUCAGCAACGUCAACAGCACCUCCAAAUAAAUUCAUAGACAGUGCACCACCUCAGGCUGAUGCAUCAAAAGCUCCUGGCUAUCGUGGUACUGCCAUGUGUUCACCAGUCUCCAAUAAACAGACAUCAAAUCCUGGAGCCAGUGCGAUCAAUCAAGGUGUCUCACCAGGAAUUCAUAAUCCCAGCAUUCAGCCCCAGUUUCAAUCAAACAUUAAUUAUAUCGAGGGAAAUAAAUCCACUGGGCUUGCUGUCACUAGACCUGUUAUGAAUCAGCAGAACAUUGAGCUGCCAGUCUCCAUGGGACAGUUCAACAGAUAUCCCGACAUAGCCUCCAGAAAUGUUCAGGGGGGACAUCAGCAGAGGGAUAUGCCACCCCAAUCCCAGAGUGCUCCUCCUGUUCAGGAAAGACAGCAGGAGAAUCAAGGACAACAGCACAUAAUGCCAUCGAGUUCACAAGCUAAUAUGGAGAUGUUUAAGAGUAAUAAUGGUGGGUUUGAUCCCUCAAUCAAUAACGUCAACUCGAGUUUGCUGAAGAUGGUGCCCAAUGAAGGACAACAGCAUCUCCUGCCUUUCCAUCCUCAUAUGCAGAAUUUUUCACCAUCCAGCCAAUCCGGCAGUGUCAACACCACUGUCAGCAUGUCAAGGCUCAAUCCAAGAGCUCCUGAUUUUUCAAGUUCACUUCAUGUUAAUAAUAAACACCAGGUUAUGUUCAAUGCUCCCAGUGGAAUUCAUCCCAAUAUGUUUGCUGUACCUCCACCACCUUCAGGCAUGCCAAAUAAUCACGCAAUGCUGGCGAAUUUCCCCAUUGGAAAGUAUCCAGCAAGGGGAGGACCUGCUGGUAACAUUGGUGGUAGUACCAAUGGGCACAGGUGGUUUGGACCACAUGGAAAUUAUCCACAUCAGGAGCCCAUGAUGCCACAGGUGAAUUUCCAUCUUGGUAAUAUUGGACAGAAUAUGGAGCUGAUUCAAGGACUUGAGAAUGGGGGAUCACCUGCCAUGUCGCCAUCUUCGUCGGCCCAGGUCACCCAGGAAAUGAGCCAGAUGAAGAUCGAGGACAGGAAGGUGCCCAGGCCCAUUGGAACUGAGAGAGCAUGGAAGAAUUAUAAUGCUGGCAUGGGACCUGGGGGCGAUGCUGAAGGAAUGAACUGGAUGCUCAAUAGUGAUAAGGGCGUAGGAAACUGGCCCAAUGUUGGGGGAACUAUGGAGAGACAGAUAUUCAGGGGGGCUGGGUAUGGACGCGUUGGGAAUAUCGAUGCUGACUUGCAUCAGAUGAUUGAAUCAACUUUUCAGGGUCACAUGGAGAACCCUCAAGCAUUCCCAAACGGUACAGCAGCUGGGUUAUCCUUGAUGCCAGGUCUCACUUUAAUGCCAGGCCAGUUCUCCAAUCCCCCAACCCUCCAGGAGCUACCACCACCAGCAGAGCCAACGAAAAUGGAUGCACCCGGUUGGGGAAUGGAUCCCAACAAUCAAGAUAAGCCGCAUCCGGGAUGGAACAACAAAUGGACCCAUUAAAUGUUAGAACUUGAUGCGAAAAAUAAUUAAUACAAAUUAAGACAGAAAAAUAAUUACCAACAACUGGGAGAUGAAGACGAUCUUACCCUUGAUAUAACGGAAGACAGCAAGAGACUCGGAAAGAAAAUGAUUUAAAAAAAGGAAAAAAAAAAACUAGUAGUUGUAGUUGAUGAAACUGGCAUAAAGCAAGAAUGCGUUGGUUCUAGACACCACAUUAAUUACAUUACUAUAUUCAUUGACACCCAGACAACAAAAAAAAAAUCCAAUAUUACUUGUCAUGAUAGGUGAUAAGAGAUGGUAAAACAAAUCCUUACUACAAUUUAUUGCUAUUAUUAUCUUCUAAUAUACUUAUUCGAUACCAAUAAAUAAAUUGGAACAAAAUAAAAAAUGGUAAAAAUAUAUUAAAUGAUUAUAAUAAUGAGGAGUUGGAUAUUGUGGCGAUUGGAGGCUUUACGACUUAUUGAAGCCUUGGAAUGUGUUGCUCCAUGAUCAUAAAAAUCAUUUAAAAUAAAUAAUGAACACACGGGCGUGUUUGUUUUAUUGGUAAAACGCAAAAACCAAUUAUUGUGCGAAAAUAAAUGAGAGAUGAUAAAUAAUAUGAAAUAUACCGUAAAAUAAACAAUA